AUUAAUUUCAUUACCCCAGAGUCAUUCAGAUGAGCUCACGUUACAUAAGCAGGAAUUGCUUUGACAGGAGGAGUAACUGAGGAUAUAAAAGGGAGAGAGAAGAUAUAAUAAUAGAUUAAUAGAUUAUAAUACUAUAGAUCUAUUAUAUUAUCAUACUAUUAUCAUAUUAUACUAUACUAUAUUGUCAUUAUAUCAUUAUAUCACCUCUUUGCUAUUCGCACUCCACAUUUCAUCCUCGAGAAUCCAAAGAAAUUUUCAUCAUCUUUUAUACCCAACAACCAUCAACACCAAUCAAUACACAAUAAACCUCAUAGAACCAUGAAUCAAUACAAUAUCUGGAAUAAUAAUAACCCCAAUAACUCCAACAACAACCAACACCAUCAACAACCAACUUCCCAUUUCAAUUCUGGGUGGUCAUUCCCAGAACAACCUCAACAACUUCAACCUCAGCAACAACAACAACAACAACAACAACAACAACAACUUGAUCAACAAAUAUCUCCAAACUUAUUGAUCAAUAAACUAAACAACUUAUCUUCUUCAACAAACUACAACAAUUUCUUACAAUCACUUGACAACACCACUGAUCAAAAUUAUCAUUAUGGUGCAUCCAACAACCUCAACUAUUCAAAUGGUGUGAAUAAUAAUGUAUUCAACCUACCUUUAGAAUUACAAGGUGGUGUUUCCAAUAUCAACUCAAGAAGACCUUCAUUUGCUGCUGAACAAUCUUAUACUCAUUCUGAAUCCUCAAACAACCCUCAUUCAUUGAAUUUAUUGGCUCAUUCAAACAAUUUCAACAAUUUUUACAACAAUACAUCUGGUCAACAAAAUCAACUAUUACAAAAUUUUAGAUCAAGAAGACCAAGUAUUCAAAUAAAUAACAAUCCAUCUCCUCAGCAACAACAAGGUAAUGGGAAUGUGGAACUAGAUAAUGGACUAGUGUUGAAUGGGAAUUUAAUAAUCACUUCAUCAUCAUUAAGAAAUGAAUUCUCCAAAACUAGAAAUUAUUUCUGUGUUGCUCAAGCUAAUGAAUUUUAUAAUCAUUUACAAACCCAAAUCGCAAAUGAUUCAUUCCUACAAAAAAUAAUCAUCAAUUUGAAAAAAUUAAACAAUUUAUUCAAUUUAAUUAAACCUUUAGUACUUGUCCUAACAAAAGCUGGGAAAUUUGAAAUAUUAUCAACACCAAUCAAUUCAAACAUCCUAUUAAACUCCAAUGACGUUGUCAUUGUGGAUGGAGACCGUGGAAAAGAUUUAGUCUACAUCUUGGAUCCAAGCAUUUCAUUAGAUGUUGCCAUCCUAAUCAACUAUUUGAAAAAAAGACAACAUUCAAAAUCAAUGAAUUAUAACAACACCACGAGUCAACAACCAAUAAAUCCAAUGAUUUCAAACACUGUGGAUGAUUUAGUUAAAGGCCAGGGGAUCCUUGAUGAAGAGACCCAGUUCCAAAUCCCAUCAAAACAAGUACUAAGAUUUGCAACAUUCCAAGAAAUUAAAAAUUUACAAUUUAAAUUAAUGGAGGAAUUAAAAUCUUUUAAAACUUCCUUAUUGAAAAUAUCAAAUUUAUCAAACUUGCAUAAUAACCUAACAAUCCUAAAUUCUGAAUAUCAAUUUGAUCAAAAAAAAUUAACAUUCUUUUAUUUUGCCAAUCAAAGAUUAGAUUUUAGAAAUUUGAUUAAAGAACUGUUCAAGAUCUAUAAAACAAGAAUUUGGUUAUGUGCCGUGCCUAAACCACCAAACUAUUCAAACAACACUUCAAUUGAUUUAAAUAACGUGGAUUUUGAAAAUUUUAACGUUGAUGAUUUCCAUGUUCGCAAUUUUAAUGUCACCUUGAAUGAAUUGAUUGAGAAGAAAGAAUUGAAUUAGAGCUUUAUGAACCGUUCAUGAAUUAAUGUGUCCAAAUUAUAUUCCCUUUUAUUAUUAUAUUCAUAGAUGUUAGACUUCAUAUAAACACAUCAUGUCAUUAUGAGACCCUCCCAAUUUUUAUAUCAGACUUUUUAUUUUUUUUAUGUUAUUAUGUUAUACUUUUUGUUCCAUUCUUGUCUUUAUUUAUCUUAUUUAUUGGUUUUAUUUGAAAUAUAGUUAUAUUAUAAAAAAUUUGUGCUCUAUAUUUAAAAUUUGUACAACGUAGUUUAUAUUAAUGACGUCAUUAUAUAAUCUAGUCACCUGACUAUCGCGAAUGCGUUUUGUAAAAAAUCAAUUAACCCAUUGAAAAUUCAUGAAUCUAAUUGAAAUUUCAAAUGUAAACAAUCAAUCAACAUCAAAUAUCAACAUGAUUAUCCAAUCAAUACAACAAUUCAUCCCAGAAUGGUCACUCGCCAUCAUCCUCAUAACAUAUUUCCU